AUGGAUGAAGAAUACGACGUUAUCGUUCUUGGCACUGGUUUGACAGAGUGCAUCCUUUCGGGCUUGCUCUCGGUUGAUGGUAAAAAGGUGCUCCACAUGGACCGCAACGACUACUAUGGUGGUGAAUCUGCAUCGCUCAACUUGACUCAGCUUUACAACAAGAUUCGACCUGGUCAGCCUGUACCCGAGAACCUUGGCCGCGACCGCGACUGGAACAUUGAUCUUAUCCCAAAGUUCAUGAUGGCUAACGGCGAGAUUGUACGCUUCUUGACCCAUACGGAUGUUACCCGUUACCUUGAAUUCAAGCAAAUCUCUGGCUCCUAUGUGUAUCGUGGCGGCAAGAUUGCCAAGGUCCCUUCCAAUGAGAUGGAGGCUCUUUCUUCUCCUUUGAUGGGUAUCUUUGAAAAGCGUCGCAUGAAAAAGUUCCUUGAAUGGGUCCAAGCUUGGGAUGAUAACAACCCUGCCACUCACAAUGGCUUGAACAUUGGUACCGAUACCAUGACUACCGUGUAUAAGAAGUUUGGUUUGGAUUCGGGUACUCAAGAUUUCAUUGGUCACGCUAUGGCUCUUCAUCUUGAUGAUAACUAUCUUCAACAACCCGCUCGUGAUACCGUUGAAAAGAUCCGAUUGUAUGCUGCCUCCGUCCUUCGUUAUGGCAAGUCUCCUUAUAUUUAUCCUCUUUAUGGUUUGGGUGAUCUUCCUCAAGCCUUUGCAAGACUUAGCGCUGUCUAUGGCGGUACCUACAUGCUUGAUAAGGCUGUGAGUGAACUCGUCUAUGAUGAGAAUGGUCAGGUCUCUGGUGUCAAGGCAGGUGAUGAUGUUGUCAAGGCGAAAAAGGUGAUUUGUGAUCCAUCUUAUGCUCCUGGCAAGGUUCGCAAGAUUGGCUCUGUGGUUCGUGCCAUUUGCUUCUUGACCCAUCCUAUUCCCAACACCGGUGAUAUUGAUUCGGUGCAAAUCGUGAUUCCUCAAAACCAAGUGGGUCGUAAGCACGAUGUCUAUGUUGCCUGUGUCAGCAAUGCCCACAUGGUGUGCCCCAAGGACUUUUACUUGGCCAUUGUCUCCACCAUUGUUGAAACUGACAACCCUGAACAAGAAAUCGAAGCCGGCUUGAAGCUUUUGGGUCCCAUUCAUGACAAGUUUGUAUCUGUGAGCCCAUUGGAAGAACCUUUGGAGGAUGGUACCAAGGAUCAAGUAUUUAUUUCAAAGUCAUAUGAUGCUACUUCUCACUUUGAGACUGUAUGCGACGAUGUCCAUGAUUUGUGGAAGCGUAUCACUGGUGAGCCUUUGGUUCUCAAGAAGCGUAACCAAGAAGAAGAGACUGCUUAG